AUGGGCGGCGUACGCAUCACCCGAUGCAACCCCACGUUGCUCGACUUCGUUACGUGGGCGAUUAUGAAAGGGUGCCGUCUCUUUCAGCGUGUCCACAUCACACCAUUAGGCCUCCUCGCCACCGAGCGGAUUCCUGAGUUCGACUUUGUCGCCGUCGUUCCUAUCGAGGCAACGCAGAGCGUGCUGAGCAUCGCCAGCGACCCGAACAUCGCCUUGAAGGUGUCUCCCGAACGACAUGGUGAGCCUGUGCCGUUCUGGGAGGACCUGACACGCGGCUCCUUCGCGUUCGUGGGAUUCCUCACCAAGGUCCUUCUCACUGGUCAGCCGCGCGGCGUCCAGAGCUACCUGGAUGUGCUGCCAUUUGACCAGGCAAUGCCGAUUGGCAAAGUGGCGGAUGCGGCGCAGGCGACGAAAGGCUACAAGGAGUGGACAGCGCCACUCGUGGCGCAGUGUAAGGUGGAGGCAAGAGACUUUGAUGUGGCUUUCCGCCGCGCCUACUGCCUCUUCCGGCGUCACGCGAUUCCGUUCUUGUCGACUAGCGAUGUCGGCAGCGUGGGACACCCCUACUUCCAGCAAUCUCCAUUUGCGCAGCGGGGACAGGGGGAGCUCAUGGGCAUGGUGCCGGUCAUGGACUUGGCGCUGCACUCGCCAAACCCGAACGCCAUGAUUGGAUACCCGGAUGGGGAAAUGCUGCUGUGGCUCGCGCAACAGAAGAAGGCAGCGACGCAGCAUGAGAAGGGCUACUUUGUGAUGCAGGCACUUCGUGACAUCGAAAAGGGCGAGAUGAUAUCGGUCAAUAAGAAUGCGCACUUCAGCUUCGACGAAGACACUUUCGAAGCAUGGUUUGGCUACCCAAACGCGUCUCAGGUUGCCGUGGAGAGGGCAGAGAACUCAGUCAUGGGGAGGAGUCAAACGGAAGAGAAAGCGUGA